UAAUGGUUAGUAAAUUGGUAAAAUAAGAUUUACAAAGCAUUUGCAGAAAACCUCAUUCCCUCCCACCCUUCCUUCCUCCGUAGCAGUAACAACAUAUCGAUCGAUCGAUCGCUUGAUUAUUGCCUUCACUUUUAAUUAUUAUUAUAAUAAUAAUAAAUAAUGGAGAAAGAUUCAGGAGAUGGUAAGCAAAAUACUGCUGACAUGACACAGUUUGUUCAAACCCUUCUUCAGCAGAUGCAAACCAGAUUCCAGACAAUGUCCGACUCUAUUGUUUCAAAGAUUGAUGAGAUGGGAGAAAGAAUAAGUGAGUUGGAGCAGAGCAUCAAUGAUCUUAGAGCAGAAAUGGGAGCCGAGGCCAAUCCACCUCCUGCAGCACCAAAGCCCGAUGAAGGUUCUGCAUAGCACUUUAUGUGUCAAGUCCUUUCAACUGAUAAGUUAGAUUCAUGUUUUGUGUGUUAGUUUUAUUAUCGUUAUCACAUAGCGCAUUUAGAAUUUAAGAACGGUGAUAAUAUCUAUGUUUUACUCUUAAGAUUGGCCUAGUCAGCAGUAUUUUGCUGGAUUGUUUUGGUGUGUUUGCGAUUUGGGAUGUUUGAACAUGAAUACCCUCUUUCAUGAUUUGGAGUUAUCUUCAUACAUAAUGAAAUUAAAUUUUUUACCUA